GCUACGCAUCCAAUAUGGCGGCUCAGUAAAAACAAACUAAACUAUGAAAACGAGAUGAGGCUUCUCCGUUGCUGCUUUGGGGUUCGUCGAAAGUUUAUCAUUUUCCCACUCCUGCUGAUCCUCUUGGUGGGAGCGGCCUUGACAGCUCUGCUGCCUCCUGCCGAAGACCAUGGAGGUGCUAUUGGGGUCCUGGGAGUCCUGCGCAGGGCAGCGCCACAAAAAGAGAACCCCGCUCAGAGUUCACUUACAGACACUUUAAAGGAGGAGAAGUUUACCAUCAUCAUCCAAACCUACAACCGCACAGAUAUUUUACUCAAGCUUUUAAACCAUUAUCAGGCGGUGCCUCAUCUGCAGCUGAUCAUCAUUGUUUGGAACAACAUUGGACAGCAGACACCUGCAAAGCUGUGGGAAUCCUUGGGUCCUCAUCCAGUUCAGGUUAUCUUCAAAGAACAGGCGAGCAACCAAAUGAGAAACAGACUCCAGCUCUUCCCUGAGAUUGCCACUAAUGCUGUCCUAAUGCUGGAUGAUGACACUCUCCUCAGUGUUCCUGACCUCACUUUUGCUUUUUCUGUCUGGAAGCAAUUUCCAGACCAAAUAGUUGGAUUUGUCCCACGGAAACACGUCUCGACGGCUGCAGGUGUUUACAGUUAUGGCAGCUUUGAGUUGCAGAAUCCAGAAGUGGCUGGAGGCGACAUGUACUCCAUGGUUUUAAUCAGUGCAGCCUUCUUUCAUCGGCGCUACCUACAACUGUUUCAGGAUCAGCCUAAAGAAGUCCACUCCUUAGUUGAUGAAACCCAAAACUGUGAUGAUAUCGCUGUGAAUUUUGCUGUCGCUCUAGAUUUAAGAAAACACUCCAAGUCAGGUGCAAUCCAAAGACCUUCUGGGAUCUUUGUCAAACCUGUUGACCUUCGCAACCUUGAAAAAGAUGCCAGCAGUGGAUUCCAGGGACUGUGGCAUCGUCCUGAGCAUUUUCUCCAGAGGUCCUACUGUCUCAACCGGUUGACAAAGAUUUAUGGCUUCAUGCCGCUCUGCUACUCCAAUCUCAUGGUCUCCCAGUUUGGUUUCCCAAGCUACGCCAAUCACAAGAGCAAAGGAUGAGAAGUUAAUAUCUGUGUUUAAGGGUUAAGAUAAGAGAUGACACUCAUUAGGUUGGUGGGCUUGUUUAGUUGGUACUACUUCACAUGCCAAUCAGCUGAUGCCUUGAGGGCUAUGUGACCUGAAGGUAGCUCUCAUAGCAGGACACUGAUGAAAAAAAUCCAUCUUUGAUAAAGUAACUUAGUGGGUUGCAAUAAAUCGAAAAUAGCAGUCACAGUAGGUUUAGAAAUCUGACUGAAUUAUUGAUAGCAUUA